AUCCGUUCAGAGUGUUGCGAAGUCCCAUUGUCAGUCUAGCAUGUAAUGAAGUUGUGCGCAUCUCCGCCCGGGCCGGACUGUAGGGUCCGCCGGGACGAGCACCGGCUCGCCGGCUUGGCAAUCUUGGUCAUUUGCUUAAUCUAGCGGGCCGCUGAAGCCGCGUGGGAACCCCGGGGAGUCCCCACUCCGGCCCGCAUUGGGUUCUCAGAGGAUAUAAAGGGGGAACCCCUCCGAGGAUUUCACCUUCAACGGCCCCACCAUGUUCUUUCGACCCGUUGCUAUGGCCCCUCAGCAGGCUACCGCAGAGACUCAACUCGACCAAGAGCUCGUCCAGAUCGGUCAUGAAGUCAUAGCCCGUCAGAAACAAGAGACAUUCAGCAUGGCGUGGCGAAAUCACUGGCGAGGCGCAGUCUGGUCAUUGCUCAUCUCCAUGGCGCUUUGGAUGGAGGGUUUCGACACCUCGCUCCUCGGUAAUUUUAUGGGUCAUCCCGCCUUCAGGGCGCGAUUUGGCACGGUCAUUGAUGGUGUCAAGAAGAUUCCCAACCACACACAGGUUGGACUGAGUGAAACUACCAUCUGCGGCCAGCUUGUUGGUCUUGUCAUAACUGGUAUCGCCCAAGAACGCUACGGCGCCAAAAGAACCUUCUUCUGGGGAAUGACCGCCCUGACCGGAACAAUUUUCCUUGCUGUCUUUGCUCAAAAUCUUGCCAUGCUGUUUGUCGCGGGCUUUCUGAACGGCGUGCCUUGGGGAAUGUUUCAGACUCUAACGACAGCCUAUGCGGCAGAGAUCUGUCCUAUCAACCUACGUGGUUAUCUGGCCGCAUGGGCCCAGAUUGCUUGGAGCGGUGGCGGUGUGAUAGCGACAGGUGUCUUGCGUGGCACGCUCACUAUGGAGGGUGACUGGGCGUGGCGUUUGCCGUAUGCCCUUCAGUGGCUGUGGCCCGUGCCACUAGCGCUGCUUGUUCUCAUCGCACCUGAGUCGCCUUGGUGGCUUGUUCGAAAAGGGCGAUACGACGAUGCGAAAGCUGUGGUCCGCCGCAAUGCUGACCGCAGUCUGUAUGGACCGGGCGAGGUGGACGGAUACGUUGAAUACAUGAAGCACACCGAUGCACUGGACAGAGCGGAGCAGGCUCGUGGGUCGUUCCUCGACAUGUUCAGAGGAACCAAUCGUCGACGCACCGAGGUUCAGAUUGGGACCUGGGUGACGCAAAUCUUUUGCGGUAGCGCUAUCACUGCGCUCAGCGUCUUGUUCUUCGAAAAGGCGGGCAUGUCAACGACACUUGCCUUCAACUUUUCUCUCAUUCUCACCGGAAUCUCCAUCUUCGGAGUGUUCCUCUCCUGGGUGCUGAUCCGCUAUUUCGGUCGGCGAACAUUAUAUCUCUCGGGUCUGGUCAUCAUUGCCGUUUGCAACUUGAUCAUUGCCACCUUGGGGUUCACCACCGAGGGGACUGCCUCUCUCAAUGCCAUCGGAGCACUCAUGGUGAUCAUCCAGUUCACAUUCUGCGCUACGCUGGGACCCGUGUGCUACAUCAUCGUUGGCGAAAUCCCCGCCUCUCGUCUUCGUGCACAGUCGAUUGUGCUCGGUCGGUUUAGCUAUGUCGUAAUCGUAAUUAUUGUCGGCACCUUCAACCCGUAUGUCACCAAUGAUUGGGGUCCAAAAUCCGGGUACUUCUGGAUGGGCACGGGACUGAGCUGUCUCGUGUGGUGUUAUUUCAGGCUCCCGGAAACUAAAGGUCGAUCAUUCGCCGACAUCGACAUUCUCUUUGCCAACAAGAUUCCUGCCAGGCAGUUUGCGACCACUUCGGUUGACGAGCAACGAGAGGCGAUGGACAAGAUUCAAGGUGGUGACGAAGAUGUCAAGCUGGACGCCGUACACGCGGAGACGAAGUGAGGAAUUGAUCGUCGGCUUUGUUGUACGUGGACCCAGAAAUGUUGAGUGUGAGACUGCGUUGGGGAUGCACUUGGCGGUGCAUAUGGUUGUACAUAGACCAGACCGCCAGUUAUGUCACAUGGGUUAUGAGAUUUAGCGAAGUUAGUCUCGCCCUUGUCAGACGGCCACGCGUCAUGUCGAUCGGG